UCAGAAACUCCUGUGAACAGAACUCCUCCCUCCACAUCCAACACCAUGACCAACUCCUGCUGCUCCCCUUGCUGCCAGCCCACCUGCUGCAGGACCACCUGCUGCAGGACCACCUGCUGGAGACCAAGCUGUGUGACCAGCUGUUGCCAGCCCUGCUGCCAGCCCAGCUGCUGUGGCUCCAGCUGCUGCCAGCCUUGCUGUCAAACCACCUGCUGCAGGACCUGCUUCCAGCCAUGCUGUGUGAGCAGCUGCUGCCGCACACCCUGCUGCCAACCCUGCUGCUGUGUGUCCAGCUGCUGCCAGCCCUGCUGCCAGCCCAGCUGUUGUCAGUCCAGCUGCUGCCAGCCCAGCUGUUGUCAGCCUAGCUGCUGUCAGUCCAGCUGCUGCAAGCCCAGGUGCUGUAUCUCCAGCUGCUGCCAGCCCUGCUGCAGGCCUAGCUGCUGUCAGUCCAGCUGCUGCAAGCCCUGCUGCCAGCCCUUCUGCCUCAACCUGUGCUGCCAGCCAGCCUGCUCUGGACCUGUGACCUGCACCAGGACUUGCUACCAGCCCACCUGUGUCUGUGUGCCUGGCUGCCUGUCCCAAGGCUGUGGGUCCAGCUGCUGUGAGCCCUGUGGCUGUUGAUCAACUUACCACAGACCCACUAGCAACAAAUCUGCAAGAUAACCACAGUACAUCAAAUCUACAACAAUUCUCUACUAAUAAUAUGUACUUAACAGUAAUACAUGUCUCAUAAAACUGCAUCAUUUUCUUAUAAACAGAUUUGUAACUUGAUCACUGGCUACCAUCAAAUCCACUUUGGUAUCUUUUUUAUUACUCUGGCUGCUUCGAAACAUCAACUGAUCUUCACAGGCAUUUGUGAUCUCAGCUUUGACCAAGAGAUAGUUGCUUUUUUAACCAAGAAAAUAAAAAUAAGAAAAAGUAUUCAUAAUCAUCUAAUUAGAACCUCUCAGUGAAAAAUAUCUAGAAUUUUAUUCCAAUGUUUUUAUAUGAUUUCAUGAUUCAUCUUGUAACUCCUUCAUGACCACUCUAUAUUGUCUUCUUAGCUAAAUAAAUAAAUAAAUAAAUAAAUAAAUAAAUAAAUACAUUGUCC